CACUUGCACAGCGGAAUGGGUCAGACCCUCAGACCUCCAGACACAAGGAGGCUGACAGUGCCGACAGUGAGGCUGAAGAUGAGCUCUCAUCUUUGGACUCGGAGCUCAGGUCGGCCCUGGGGUGCUGCUGGCUCUCUGUGGGGCUGGGCUGUGUCGAGGCUGCAGCUGGACUGGACAUCAAGGUUUUUCCAGGAGGAUGAAGAGAUGCUGAUUUUAACCCACAGUGAUGAGUUGAACAAAACCUACAGUGAGGACAGCCGAGUACCGUUUGACAAAGCAAUAAACCAAAACAAAGCAAGCUCUGAUGAUGCCGGAACAACCAGAUCAUCAUUAAGACAUAACAGCUUGUCUCCUAAUGAACAAGAUAAUCUCACAAGGAUGGAGAGACCAGAUUCUACCCCAAAAGAAUCCACCAGAUCCCUGUGCCAGGAGAGUCCACCCCUUAAAGAAACCAGAGCUACUGUCAUCUCCACUGGACCCAGAACAAUCACAGUAACAUCAGCUGUUUCCUCAGCAGACUCUCACAAGGUAAUAAAUGACAGAGGUUAUGGCAAAAGAAAGAGAUCUGCUGUUGAGAUGGAAGCUGAUGAGAUGGGACGCAACAGUGAGGAGAACCCCAGUUUCACCAAGAACCAGGAUGGCAAGAGAGGAUCCUACAGGGUGGUGGGAAAGCAAAACAAAGAAGAGACUGUGGCAGGUACGAGCCUCAAAGAAGAGUGUGCACAGGCAAGUUUGGCUGGUCCAGUUGAGAGGUUGAGCACUGACAUCUCAGUUGUGAAUCCUGCUCCCACCAUCACCGCCUGGGAGGCCGGAUGGAACGUCACAAAUGCAAUACAGGGUAUCUUUGUGUUGGGUUUACCCUUUGCUCUGGUGCGGUCGGGGUACGUGGGUCUUGUCAUGCUGGUUCUGUCAGCUUGGGUCUGCAACCACACAGGGAGGAUCCUGGUGGCCUGUCUGUACGAAGAGGAGCAGAGUGGAGAGUCUGGCUCCAGGUCAAAGGUCAGAGUCCGACACAGCUACCAGGACAUCGUGGAGGCCUGCUGUAAAGGACUGUGGCCAAACUGGCCUGGACUGUGGGGAUGGAUGGUGAAUGUAGCUCAGGUGGUUGAACUGUUGAUGACCUGCACCCUUUAUCUAGUCGUGACCACCAGCCUCUUGUCCGACAGCCUAUCAGGGAUGACUGUUCCGCGAUCAGUGUGUUCUCUGGUGUCUCUGAUCUUCCUGUUGCCCUGCCUGCUGCUGACUGAUCUCAGACCUGUCUCCACCCUCAGCCUGCUGUGCUCCCUGGCUCACAUACUGAUCAGCCUGUUGGUCAUGCUGUACUGUCUGAGCCAAGCCAGCAGCUGGUCCUGGUCGUCUCUGUCACUGCCUGUGGACCCGGAGGACUUCCUGGUCUCCGUUGGCGUCAUAAUCUUCUCCUACACCUCACAGAUCUUCCUCCCUCCUCUAGAGGGCAGUAUGCAGGACAGAUGUCAGUUUAAUUCCAUGCUGGGGUGGACCCACGGUGCUGCCUGCAUCAUGAAAACUAUGUUUUCUUUGCUGGCCGUGCUGACCUGGGGAACCGAGACCAGUGAGGUCAUCACAGACAACCUGCCCUCUGACCUCCGACCUCUCGUCAACCUGUGUCUGCUGGCGAAAGCCCUGCUAUCCUACCCUCUGCCUUUCUACUCUGCAGCAGAAAUACUGCAAACAUGUCUGCUCAGAGAUGAUGUCAUCUUGCCAUACUCCAAACACACAGGUUGCAGUGUGUCUCGCCAAGCCCUGUUGGUCCGCAGCGUCUUGCUGAUGACAUCAUACCUGCUGGCCCUGAUAGUUCCCAGGUUCUCCCUGCUGAUGGGUUUGACAGGCAGCGUGACCGGGGCAGCCAUGACGCUCAUCCUGCCUUGCCUGUUUCACCUCCGACUGCAGUGGAGACGUCUCACUGUGACACAGAGAGUGGUGGAUGUGCUUAUACUGUGUGUAGGGCUCGUCUGUAGUGUGUCUGGUAUGAUCUGUUCACUGAAGAGACUGCUGGGGGGACUGUAGGAUGGAUGGAUGGAUGGAUGAUUGGAUGGAGGGAUGGACAAAUGGACGGAUGAAUGGAUUACAGAUGGAUGGAUUGACAGAUGGACAGGAGUAUGGAGAGAUGGAUUGACAGAUGGACGGAUGGAUGCAUGGAUUGACAGAUGGACAGGAGUAUGGAGAGAUGGAUUGACAGAUGGACGGAUGGAUGCAUGGAUUGACAGAUGGACAGGGGUAUGGAGGGAUGGUUUGACAGAUGGAUGGAUG